AUGACGCCGUUCCCCGCAGCCUCAUCAUCGCUGGACCCAAGUGAGAAGCCUAGUAUGGGUCGUCUACCUUCGGUGUCCAGCCUCAUGUCCCCCCCAGAGACUAAACCAUUCGAAUCGUUUAACCCCCAUUUCCCACCUCAUAAGUUGUCGCAGGAUCAAUCCUAUACAAAUCAGAUGAAACUGGCUCCAAUCUCAGUUGAUCGAAAGAGAACACAAUCCGAAAUGGAUCUACCGUCGCCACCCGUGACGCCGUAUACUGGGAAUAAGAAGAGCAAAUCAAUCGACCCAGAGCAACACGAUGGCGAUGCCUUGGUUACCUCGUCAAGAGAUCCUGUUCUUUUCCCAAGGAAUGAAUCCUCUGAAAUUGCCGAUGAACCGUUAUUUGGCCCCAUGCUGCCACCAUCCCCCAAGACGCUGAUGGAACAGCACAUUAACUCUCACAUGGCAAGGUUCGAAAAUAAGCUCAAUAAACCAACCCGCGAUGAGUAUCUUUUGGCUCUUUCUUGUGUACCAGUUGUGUCGGCUCAAUACAAUCGGAAUCCCGCAGCGUGGGCCAAAGAAGAGAGAGAAACUCUUGAGCGGCAGUUGGUCAUGAUGAACCGACGUCGUCCUGAAGUCUCAGAUGGCAGAUUGAAAAGAAUCGCGCCAGCGCCCACAAAACGGGUGGUUCCUGCUCAACCCCGUGUGCAGCGGACACCCAGAGUAAAGCGCACACCAAAGUCUACCCCAAAACAAAAGGUUUUGGAUUCGUUUGACGUACAGACGCCGAAUCCUAAGCCUUCUCGUGCCAUCGGCACGAGUAGGGAUGAUACAGAUUUUAGCUCCAUCAAGGAUUAUUCGCCUCCCCUAGAGAUUCUCGGUGGCAAUGCGAAAGCAUUAAAGGCAGAUUGGAAAGGUCAGAUGCUGGACCUUAGUAAUGAUCCGGAGCGGCACCUGUUGAGCUCAGCUGAGAUCAACCUAGCGGCCACUCUAAGGCUUUCUUGUGCGACAUAUCUCUGCAGCAAGCGCCGCAUUUUCGAGGCUCGUGUCAAAGCCUUGAGGGUUGGCAAGGAAUUCCGCAAGACGGAUGCUCAACAGGCCUGCAAGAUAGACGUGAAUAAGGCAAGCAAACUCUGGACUGCCUACGAACGAGUUGGCUUGUUCAACGCUGGCUAUUUCCGGGAGUAUCUCAAAUGA